CGCGCAGCCGGGUGGGCUGAGGGGGCGGCGGUGGCUGCGGCGGCGGCGGCGGCGUGGGAGCCGGCGAAGUUUGGGCAGGCGCUGCGGGUGCUGUGAUCCUGAGCCACGCUCAAGCCCUGAGAACCAGGGGUCAGGCGGACCGGCUUCCAGACGCCCGCGGGCCCUCAGCCGUCGUCUUGCAUCCUCUUGCUUGGAAAAGUGUUUAAGCUGCUAGAAUGUCAUCUAUCAAGCACCUAGUUUAUGCAGUGAUUCGUUUCUUACGGGAGCAGAGUCAGAUGGAUGCAUACACUUCAGAUGAACAGGAGAGUUUGGAAGUUGCAAUUCAGUGCUUGGAGACAGUUUUUAAGAUCAGCUCAGAAGAUACACAUCUAGCAGUUCCACAACCUUUGACAGAAAUGUUCACAAAUUCCUUCUGUAAGAAUGACAUUCUGCCCCUCUCAAACUCAGCGCCUGAAGAUGCGGGAAAAGCUGACCAAUUAAAAGAUGAAGGCAAUAACCACAUGAAAGAAGAAAAUUAUGCUGCUGCAGUGGAUUGUUACACACAAGCGAUAGAACUGGAUCCUAAUAAUGCGGUUUACUAUUGCAACAGGGCUGCUGCUCAAAGCAAAUUAAGUCACUACACAGAUGCAAUAAAGGAUUGUGAAAAAGCAAUAGCAAUUGAUUCAAAGUACAGCAAGGCCUAUGGGAGAAUGGGGCUGGCCCUCACUGCCAUGAAUAAAUUUGAAGAAGCAGUCACAAGUUAUCAAAAGGCAUUAGAUCUUGACCCUGAAAACGAUUCCUAUAAGUCAAAUCUGAAAAUAGCAGAGCAGAAAUUGAGAGAGGUAUCCAGUCCUACAGGAACUGGAUUGAGCUUUGACAUGGCUAGCUUGAUAAAUAAUCCGGCUUUCAUUAGUAUGGCAGCAAGUUUAAUGCAGAACCCUCAAGUUCAACAACUAAUGUCAGGAAUGAUGACAAAUGCCAUUGGGGGACCUGCUGCUGGAGUUGGGGGCCUAACCGACCUGUCUAGCCUCAUCCAAGCGGGACAGCAGUUUGCACAGCAGAUACAACAACAAAACCCUGAACUUAUAGAGCAACUGAGAAAUCACAUCCGGAGCAGAUCAUUCAGCAGCAGCACUGAAGAACAUUCCUGAUGUGACAGUGACCCAAGCUCAGAGUGCAACUGACAUAUUUUCUGUAGAUAGUGCUCUAUCCCUCAAGCACCAUAUCUGAUGUUUGAAAAUAAUGGAGGAAAACCUCUUGUGUAUAUUCGUAAAGAAUAAAUCUGUUUAGACAAUAGAUUUAUCACAAACACACUUGAACAUCACAUGACUCCUUUGGAAAUGAAUCCUAUAGUCCUGGGACAAGGUUCCAUCUUCAAACUUUUACCAUUAUAUUUGUAUAUUAGACUGAAUAGCAGAGUAUAUUUAUUUGACAGUGGGGCUGUUCAUGGUGAGUUCCAUAGCUCCAAAUUCCAUUAAGUGUCAGUUUUUUGAGAGGGGAGAGGAUUAAGAGAAUCAUUUCCCAUGCUGGUUUAGAAGAAGUAUUUGUUACUGAGCAGCACUUCAGGAGAGAAGACACUUGUUAUCUAGGGUUAGCCUUGCUAAGUACUCUCAGUAAGUAUUUAUCCUAGGUGCUAGUGCUAUCUCCAAUGCUGUUUGUUCUGAUGAGUGCAGGGUAUCUUUAGAGCUGGUAGAAAGCAGCAUUGGUGUAAGGAAUGUUUUAGAAAGGAAACAGCCCAGAGAAGGUGAAUGUAUAGAAAGUGAAGGGAGGAUUUCCCAGGUUAUCUGCUUAGCUCUUAACUAAUCCUGUCUACAUUCUGGUGUUGACAACAUUCGCAUGGCCAGUUUUGCUAAGUACAUAAUAAAAUACAUUUAGAAAUCCUUACUGGUACUGGUUUAAUCAGUAAUAUAACUGCUCAACAUAAUUAUCACAAUUUCCCUGGUGGUGACUUUACCUUGGAAAUUAUCAAAUUUUUAUAUACCUAUAUUUAAAUAAGCCAAUGCUCUGGCCCUAAGGAUUUUCUAAGUGGAAUUUAAUUAUGUGCCCAUAAACUUUUUUUUUUUUUAAACUUAGGUUAGCGAGAAGUAUCUAUCACUAACUUUGCUUGUUUAUGCAAUUCUGUUAUGACUUGGCAUGUUAGUCUUAAGUUUAAUUUGAAACAAUUUAAACAGGAGACAACAUAUUUAUUAUAAACUGGAUGUCACAAUGGUUAGUGGAGAAAAAUUGCAUUAGGUGUUAAUAGCAUGGCUCUAAUUACAUUGAUGGAUGACUCAGUUCUAAUUCCAAAUGGAAUUUACUUUUUGUUUAUUAAUCAUGAAAUUGGUGAAGUGGGGCUGAUGGAGUGAUUUCACAAGUGUUGAGAGGGAAAACUGAAAAAGAGUAGUAUAAAAUUAAAUCAGUAAAAAUGAUGAUGAUUGGAGACUAACCAUAACAGUUCUCAAAAGACUAAUUUUUGGUAGACUAAAGUUACCCAACCUUUUUUUUUUUUUUCUUUUUGUGAGAUUAAAUGAGUUCUCUAAUUUCACUGUAGGAAUCACGUGGGGAAUUCAUUAAAAAUACAGGUUCAGGGCCACACCUUCAAUUUUGACUUAGUUGGUCCUAUAAUAAGGCCUAGAGAUUACCAUUUUAAACAGCACAACAGGAAGUUCUGAUGCAGGUCCAAGGAUUCCAACUUAGAACAACACUAGGUUAGAAGUUGCUCUGCAGUGUGACCAGCAAAUACUGAAGCACUUGGCUUCAGGUAACAUGAGACCUAAAUGAACUUACAGAGCUGGACAGAGAAGAGUAGGGCUUAAAUCUUUGGACCUUUGAAAUUAAAUCUAUAUUUAACCCAAACCAUCUUAAUUUUUCAUAAAGUUACAAUCAGCUCCUAGUGUUUAAGUGUUACAAAGAAUGAAGUACUAACUAAUCAUAUCUAAGUUAUGAUUGAUCAAAAAAGCAAAGGUGAUCCUUAAUUCUCUUAAACAGUGUUGCAUAACAAGUUCAAGUCUAGCAUAACUACCUUGAGUGCAUUAAAAAUGCUUUCAGAAGAAUUGAUAAGCCUUUAGCUGACUGAUGAGGAAAGUAGAAAAUAUAAACAGGAUCAGAAGUGAAAGGUGAGUGCACUGCAGGAUGGAGAAAUAAUAGCCACGCUAGACAGUCUCUUCUAGGAGGAAACACUCCCAGCUCCUUGUGUGGCCAGUAGUACCAUGAUAAUAAAAUAAAAAAUAUCGUAAGAAACACACUUUAAAAUAAUGCCUUCUUGUGGUAUUAUCUGUAGUUAUGGUAGCUAUUCUUUUUAGAUAAAUGAAAACUGAUAUAUUUCUUCCAUUUCACUUGUCUAGUUUCUUUGCUAAUCCACCACCUACAACAAAUUCAAUGUAGUUGCUAUCUUAUCCAUUUACCUGGAUUUUCAUUCCAUUCAAGUUAGUUUUGCUCUUCAUUUACUUUCAUCACUUUGGAAUAAUUGUACUGCAAGUUAUUUCCAAAAGCUUUAUGUAGAUAGAUUGUGCUAGCUACUCUUAAAAUUAUAUGAAAUGUCCAAAUAGUAAUCUCAGAAAAAUAUGGUUGCUAUCUAACUAUAGAAACAAGAAGGCAUUAAUGUUAAUUUUAUAUGCAUUAUACUUAGGAAUGUUUGUCCUCCAUUAAUCACAUUUCAUUGUAGUAGCUACAGCUGCUACAAUGUUGCAUAAAACUGACCAUGUCCUUUUAUUGUACCAAAGUGUUAAUUUUUAUACAAUAGUUUAAAUAGAUCCUUUCUAAGAUGGCAUUAUCUAACCUUUACUUAGAAGUGUGAACGACAUGCAUCUAGGUUAUUGUUUAGAAACAUAAGAGAUUUUGUAAUUAAAUAGAAAUAUAUAUGUAUAUGCACAAUUAUAUGUUACCUCUUCAAUCUGAAACAGUGAAACAGAAAGUUCAAUCAUGAGAUGUUCGAAAAAAAUCAGAAUACUCAG